UUAUCGUCUCCACAUCUGCGAGUAUCUGAGCCUGAUUGUGAUUCCUCUGAAAACUUAAAAAAAAAAAAACAAGCGAUGAUUCGAAUCAAAUGAAUGUAGUGUGACACGAUGACAUCACCACAGUUCUGUGGCACAAACCACUCUUUCAAAUCAAAACACUCCUUCAGAAGAAGCUUCAACAUGCAAUUGUCUCCUAAACCACUGUUCCUGUUCCUGUGUCCUCUCUUACUGGGUGCUUAUCAAGCCCCUGAGGACAAGGAGGACAUAUUCACUACUAGAUCAUGUCCUGCGUUCCUCGUCUUCGAUAACGCAGCGUACGUAGCUGACAUGACCGUGGAGCUGCCGUGUCACUGUAAACCAGCGGACGUUCUAUCCGUCGUGUGGUACUAUCAGAAAGACCUCGGUACUGACAACACCAAAGUUCUCACCGACUUCUCGGGCACCAUCAUAACGGAUCCGUCGAGAAUCGGAGGAGAAGUGAACCUUCACGACCGCUUUUCUAUCCGUAUGUUCAGUUUGCUCAUCUUCAGGGCUCAGCAGAGCGACUCUGGGCAUUACGUCUGUGGAACCGCUUCGGGGGAGUUCUUCUACGGCUACAAUGUAGACGUUCAGGUCGUUCGGAAUGUUCUCUUUCCCUGGAUCAUUGAACAACCAAAAGACCUCAAAUUGGAUCCGAGUGAACACUUUCAAGUGUUUACCAGCCACUGGCCAUGGUCCGUGUGCGACCGGUGUGACGUCCAGGGCGAGCAGGUCCGAGUCGGGCUCUGUUACAUCAUGAGCCAAUAUCUACAAGUACGUUAUCUUAGGGAGAACAAAAAUGUGACGUCAUGCGGUUCCUCAGCGGUUCCUCCUCACUUUGGGAUGAGCGGCGUCGAACACGGCGCCGAGUUCAGUGUCAGAAGUUGUGAAUCGUUCUGCCCUUCAAAACCUCCGUCGAAUCCACAGAAACAAGCCCUGCUGGAGUUCCUUGCGUUCAGCAACCAGGCUUCUCCAGGACUUCAGGUCUACUACCAUAACCACCCAACGAACACCGAUUUCGUCCUGUCCUGUCCCAAAGCGAGACCCCAGCACGUGGUGGCGUGGGAUCGGGGCUCUACGCCGCUUUAUCGCUCUCAGUAUAUGAAAGAAAUGCAAACCAACCCGCGUGUGUUUAUCGAUGUGGGUCACCAUCUUCAUUUCAGACCAGUCAGAAUGGAGGACAAAGGGACGUACUACUGCUGGAUCCAAGGCAAAAAAGCUGGCGAGAUCAGACUCGGGGUGUACACACGACUCGGACACAAGCGCAGCAUCAGCGACCCGGACGCUCUCUUCGGCCUCAAAGUCAUCCUGAUGUUCUACGCCGGAUUCACCGUCGCCUUCGUAUUCGUUGCAUCUGUUCGAUUUAUUUGCGACUUGAUCGCAGAGCGCAGGACCUCAGAUUAGCUUUUAAUGAACAUAUCUCAGUAGCUUUUACUGACACGGGUUAUGUUUUAUAGUUAUUUCAUACACACUGUUUAAUUCAUGACUGUAUAUAAGAACAUGUAUGAACUAAUACUUCCAAUAUUUAA